AUGAAGGUCGUCAUUGCAGCCUUGUCCGUGCUGGUCUGUUCCGCCUUUGCGCAGGUACCUCUCCGUGGUAACUCUCUCGUGGGUGGGCCUCUCGGUCUUGGUUUCAACAAUGGAGGCCUAAUUGGCAACGUUGGUGUUGGUGGAAAGGGUUAUGGCUACGGCUACAACCCAAAAGGCUACAACAACUACGGUUACGGAAAAGGUGUUGCUGGUCCCUUCGUCGCCGGUCACGGAUCUGGUCUUGUUGGACAGGGACCUUUCGUCGGUCAUGCUGGUACACUUGCAGGACAUGGAGCCUUUGCUGUAGGAAACGGACCCUUUGUUGCUGGAAAGGGACACGGCUAUGGCCACAACUCUUACAACGGACUCGGCAAUGGAGUUGGUCUUGUAGGAAAUGGACUCCUUGGACACACAGAACACGGCAUCGCUGGACCCCUUGCAUUUGGAAACGGUGUUGCUGGUCACGGGUAUGGCUAUGGCUACAACCCCUACAACAACAACUACGGCUACGGUAAGAACGUCGCACAUGGAGCUGGUUUUAUUGGAAAUGGAGUCCAUGGACACACCGGACAUGGCGUUGUUGCACCCCUUGCAGUUGGAAACGGUGUUGCUGGUCACGGGUAUGGCUACGGUUACAACCCCUACAACAACAACUACGGCUACGGUAAGAACGUCAGACAUGGAGCCGGUCUUGUUGGAAAUGGAGUCCAUGGAAACACCGCACAUGGCGUUGCUGGACAUGGUCUCGUCGGACCUUUCUCUUCCGGACACGGUGUUGCUAGGCUUGGAGGCGGCCAGUUCGGAAAUGGAGUUGGUAUUGGAAAGAUCGCUAUCGCAGCGUUGUUCGUGCUGGUUUGUUCAACCCUUGCUCAGGUACCCAUCCGUGGUAGGCCUGUCGGUCUUGUAGGGGUUGUUGGUGGCAAAGAUUAUGCCUACGGAUACAACCCAAAAGGCUACAACAACUACGGCUACGCAAAAGGAGCGGCUGGACCCUUUGUAACCGGACAUGGAUCUGGUCUUUUUGGUCAGGGACCUUUCGUCGGUCAUGCUGGUACAUUUGCAGGACAUGGAGCCUUUGCUGUAGGAAACGGACCCUUUGUUGCUGGAAAGGGACACGGCUACGGCCACAACUCCUACAGCAGACGUGGCAAUGGAGUUGGUCUUGUAGGAAACGGACUCCUUGGACACGCCGGACACGGCCUCGCUGGACACGGUGUUGCUAGUCAUGGGUAUGGCAACGGUAACUCCCCCUACAACACCAACUUCGGCUACGGUAAGAACGUCGUCAUCGCAGCGUUGUCCGUGCUGGUCUGUUCCGCCGUUGCUCAGGUGCCUCUCCGCGGUAACUCCCUUGUGGGUGGGUUUUUCGGUCUUGGAGGGGUUGUUGGCAACAUUGGUGUUGGUGGUAAGGGUCAUGGUUACGGUUACGGCUACAACCCCAAAGGCUACAACAACUACGGCUACGGUAAAGGUGUUGCUGGUCCCUUCGUCGCUGGACACGGUGCUGGUCUUGUUGGACAGGGACCUUUCGUCGGUCAUGCUGGUACAUCUGCAGGAAAUAGACCCUUUGCUGUAGGAAACGGACCCUUUGUUGCUGGAAAGGGACACGGCUACGGCCACAACUCCUACAACGGACUUGGCAAUGGAGUUGGUCUUGUAGGAAAUGGACUCCUUGGACACUCUGGACACGGCCUCGCUGGACCCCUUGCAUUUGGAAACGGUGUUGCUGGUCAUGGGUAUGGUUACGGCUACAACCCCUACAGCAACAACUACGGCUACGGUAAGAACGUCGGACAUGGUACAGGUCUUAUUGGAAAUGGAGUCCAUGGACACACCGGGCAUGGCGUUGCCGGACAUGGUCUUGCUGGACCAUUCUCUGUCGGACACGGUGUUGCUGGUUAUGGGUAUGGCAACGGCUACAACCCCUACAACAACAACUACGGCUAUGGUAAGAACGUCGGACAUGGUGCUGGUCUCAUUGGACAUGGAGUCCAUGGACACACCGGGCAAGGCGUUGCUGGACAUGGUCUCGUCGGUAAUGGAGUUGGCCUCGGAAAGGUCGGAUUCGGCGGAGUUUCCACUGUCCAUUAUUACUAG